AUGGCCUCGUUUCAAAGCUCUUCUGCUGAAUUGGAGGCCAAGGCUAUGGCCGAUAUCAAGACGGGAGGGAUGCAUCAUGACCACCACGAAGACAACUUCCACGACCAGGCUGCGUCCAGUCCCCCCAGCCUGUCGCAGCUGCUUCCGGCGACCGAGGGCGGCCACAGUCGAGACGGCGAUGCCCUCGUCCCGUCCUUCUUCCCCACAACCUCCCCUGCAACCAUAGCAGCCACGAGUCCCUCAACUCCGACAGCAACAACAGCUCCACCCGCAUCAACAAAACCAAUCGACCACGAACUGCCAAAAUCAUACUGGGACGAAGCCUUUUACAGCAGCACACCCACCCCAAAACCCCCGCCACGCCUGGCUCCCAUGCCCAGAUCCCCGCCGCCACCCCCCUUGGCCAUCCGCACCCACCAGGAGAAGCAACAGUCCACGCUUUCUGCUGGUGGCGCGAUACCUGAGGGCGACCAAGUCGAGAUGUUGGCCCCGAAAUCCAAAUCCAGAUAUGCUUCUGCUUACCACGCGCACAAUCGAUCGCUCUCUCACAGUCAAGCCCAUUCCCACCAUGGCAACAACAUCUUCACCCACUCUUCGUCCGAUCUUAUCUCUGGCAACAGCAAUGGCAGCAAUAACACCGGUGGAGUCAUUGCAGCUAGUGGGUCGCCCAGUCUGGGCUCGUUCUCGACCAUGGCCUCGACUAAACAUCACCAUCACAAUCACUCUGUCUCCGGCGGAGGAGCGUUCAAUCCAGACCAUCUCAUGGAUGGAACUUCCAAGAGCUUUUCGCACUCCUCAACCUCGAUCCUUUCCCAUGCAUCCUCAGCUGCAGCACGGUCACCCUUCCGUCUCGAUAGCCCGCAUCUUCGCCAUCCUCAAGGACACGCUUCAUUGUACCAUCUUCCAUCUUCACAGCAGAGCAAUCCCUUGUUGACCCCUUCGAGUUCUCAAUCGAACCUCUUCUCCAACCUGCCUUCGCCCAUGACAAGGACAAGCCACUCCUCAAACGCCAACAUCUUUAAAGAUCUUCCUGCUUCUUCUGGUUCAUACCAGCAACAGCCGUCGUUCUCCUCAAGUUGGGUGUCGACGCAAACGGCACAUGCGUCCGCUGGUGACGACAUCUCAGAGAUGAGUGUUCUCCUUUCCCAGGACCAACCACAACACCAUCAACAGGAGAUGGCCGGCACUGCAGCUGCGCCCAUAUCCAGCUUAAAUACAAACUCCUCUUCGGUACCGCCUACAAGCAGUAGUGGCCAGCAACGCAAGAUCUACCCCGGUCUCAAGAACACAGUGGGACCCUACCGAUUGCUUCACAACAUUGGCCGGGGCAGUUUCUCCGAGGUCAAGCUGGCAGUCGACACCAGGACAGGCGACCACGUUGCGAUUAAGGUCAUGAGCCGUGCUAUGGUUCAGUCGAGCGAUCGUCUGGGUAUCAGUGUCAGGAGAGAAUCCGAUCUACUCAAGUCCAUUCAACACCCCAAUAUCGUGGGCUUCCGUGAAGUUGUCGAGACCUCACUGCAGUUGUGCAUUGUUCUGGACUAUGCGGCAGGAGGAGAGCUUUUUGAGUAUGUCGCAGACAAGAGAGCCAUUGCCUCUGAACAGGACAUCCAAUGCAUCUUCGCCCAGAUUGUCGAUGCGGUUGAUUACCUGCACCAACUUAAUAUCGUUCACAGAGACCUCAAACUGGAGACCACGGAGACAGGAACAGAAACCGAGAUUCCUGAUAUUCAGGAUGUGCUCUUGGAACCUCAGACAGGAGCGCCCUUACGCCCAAAAGUGAAGCUGACGGAUUUUGGGUUGGCCAAGGUCAUCGACAUGGACUCGCCUUUACUCACGACGCGCUGUGGAUCAGAGGACUAUGCGGCGCCAGAGAUCAUUCUGGGCCAACCCUAUGACGGACGGGAGGCCGAUAUCUGGUCGUUGGGCGUUGUCCUGUACGCGUUGUUAGUUGGAUUCUUGCCGUUCAAUAUGAGACCCGGGAUGAGUCGCAAGAGUUUCCUGAGUAUGAUUGCUCGUGCAGAGUUUGGGUUCCCAGGAGAGAAGGUCUUGAUGACCAAGGCGAAUUUGUUGAAUCUCCACCACUAUCAUAAGCGGUCGUCGUCGACCGCUAGUAAUACCAGCACGACAUCUGCGCAUCCUCCUUCUCAACCACCUGUCAGUACUGGAACGGGAUCUGCUGCUGGAGCCGGAGCUGGAUCGACGAGUGCGGCAGUGGUCGCGACACCUGAUACCCCCUCGACCUCGGAUUCAACUUUGGCAGCCUCGGCCGCAACCGCUGCAGCAAAGGCGGCGGCGGCGGCCGCCGCUGCUGCUGCUGCUGCGGCAACGGAAACAACGUCGAUGAUUGUUCCUAAGAUGCGCGGAGUGAGUGCCGUUUCGGAAGAAUCCAAGGAUCUGGCGCGGUGGCUCUUGCAAGCCCUGGGGUCUGAUCGUCCUACUGCUCGUCAGCUUCGGGACCACCCUUGGGUCGCUGCCGGUCGUGCUCUUCUCGGAGCUAGCGGUACCGUUACUGUUGUUAGUGACGGUGGUGAUGUUUCUGCUCCCCCUGCCUCUUCGGAUUCCUAA